GUUUGCUCGCGUGGAUACAAACACCACCACCCGCACCGCACAUUCUGAUUUCUGGUUUCUUCAGGCGUGACAUGGUGGUCGAUUCAAGGCUCUGACCAUUCAUUGCGCCCCUUCUAGCCUGCGUCAACCAUGGCCAUCCUCGAAUACUUGCAGCCGACCUGGCAGUUGGCGGUUGUUGGCUUGUUGAGCUACAUUCUGUGGACGGUGGUCUAUCGUCGGUUCUUCCACCCAUUGGCCCACAUCCCUGGACCCUUUCUUCCGGCUGUCACCAUGCUGUACCAGUCAUUCUACAACGGUCGAUAUUACCUUGAGAUCGCUCGCAUGCAUGAGAAAUACGGCCCCGUGGUCCGCAUUACUCCUGAGGAGAUUCAUCUUAGCGACGCCGACAACUACGACAAGAUUUAUUACGUGGGAAGCAAGUUCUACAAGUCGCCCAACUUGUACAAUGCCCUGUGCAUACCAUUGUCCACCUUUGGCUGUGUCUCCAAUGAGACCCACCGCAUCCGCCGAGGAGCUAUGAAUCCUAUGUUUUCACGAAAGAUGGUCCUUGAGCUAGAGCAGGUGGUCCAAGACAAGGCCAACAAGGUUUGUAAGAUCACGCAAAAGGGUAUUGAUGCAGGCCAACCGAUCGAUCUCCACCAUGCGUUCCGCUCCGUGUCGGUUGAUGUCAUUAGCGACUAUGCCUUUGAUAGUAGCUAUGAUCUUCUCGACAAGGAAGACAUUGGUGCAUAUUUCUUCCGCAUGGUGCGUGGCCUAGGUCCGGCCUUUUAUACCUUUCAACAGAUUCCGCUGGCCCAGAAGAUCGCCCUGAGCACCCCUCCGUGGCUAGCCCCUUAUCUGUCAGAACCACUGGGUUGCGUGACAGGGUUUCAACAAGAUUGUGCCAAACAGGCCCAAGCCGUCAAGCUCAAGAUGGAGCAGGGCAAGCUCGGCCAUCGACAAACUAUCUUCAGCACGCUGUUGAGCCUCGAAGACAAGCCUGCAGGUUACGAGGUGCCAGACAAUGAGAUGCUAAUGCAACAGGCAUACUCGGUCCUUGCCGCUGCCGCUGACACCACCGGCAACGCCAUGACCGUGGCGGCAUAUCACAUUCUCAAAAAUCCUAGUAUCUACCAGUCACUGGUUAAAGAGCUUCAGGCAGCAUUUCCUGACCCUUCUUCACAGCUUGAAUUUGUCGAGCUGGAAAAGCUUCCAUAUCUGGUACCCAUACCGUCCUUGUGGCCCGUUCCCACCCUCUUGUUGUCUUCAGGCCCUGACCUCACUCCUCUCACUAGACUGCUGUCAUCAAGGAAGCCCUGCGGCUUUCCUUUGGGGUUCCAGGUAGAGUGCCACGCGUAACGCCGGACCCUGGAGCGAGUUUCAACGGCUAUGCCGUGCCAGGAGGCACCAUCGUCGGCAUGUCGUCGUGGCUGAUGCAUCGCAACCCGGAAAUAUUUCCUGACCCGAUGAAGUUUGAUCCCAGCCGAUGGCUUGACGCAGAUAACUAUCGCAGGCUCGAUCAUCACAUGGUGCCGUUUGGCCGGGGCAGCAGACAGUGUGUGGGCAUGCCAUUGGCAUAUUGCGAGCUCUAUGUGACUCUGGGGACCUUCUUCCAUCGCUUCCCCAAAGGCCUUCAAGUUUACAAGACAACGGACUACGACAUGGAAUACGUUGAUUUCUUCUCUUCGUAUCAUAUCGAAGGCCGGAAUUGGUUCAAGGCAAUUGGCACAGAUAUCAAGGAUGUUGCAUUGUGACCAUUACAUGACAUCAUCAAUAAUUGUUGAGGUGCUGGUUUUUCUCUCCUAUGCUAGUCUGAGCUAGAUUUCUAAUUACACUAUAUGAGACAACUAAGUCACAAGUGCUAC